UAAAGCCUUUCUAAUUAAUUGCUUUCAGAUAUAUAUACAAUAUUUAUUAUUAUUAUUAUUUUAUACAGUUUGAGUAGCUCUGUUUUCCUGCGCCAGAGAAUGAAUGAAUGUUCAGUGUUCAGUCUCUCCCUUUAACCACGCUUGUCUCGGUAGACAUAGUUUUUUAUACGUUGGAAAGCUUCCCCAAAAGCAUCUUCACACUUCUUUUCAUGCCGUGUCCUAACAAGAGGUCUCGAAGAAACCAGCUUCAAACGGAUUCCUUGACAUCAGGUGAGAACGGCGGUGGGGAUCCUGAAAAAAAAAAAAAUCCAAAGAUUGCACCAACACCGCCGUUCAAAGUCACCAGUCAGAGCUUCCAAGUCAAGCCCCCCAGCGCAAGUUUAUUCUUUUACAGGUCCAAGUCGUCGGAUCAGUCAGCGCUCCCUGGCCCACCGACUCCACUGCGUAUCCUCGAUCCGCGACGCUGCUCCUCGUGCCUACAAACCGUCGUUCUUUGGAGUCCUCUCUCGUCUUCUAUCGCUGAAUAAUCUCUCUUUUUGUAGGUCUUGUGAUCGAAGCAGAGCUGGUGGAAAUGGAGAGGGGUGAGGGUAGCUUCUCCUUCUUACUCGGCUUCUUCUUCUUCUUCCUUUGCUUCUCCUUGUGUUGUUUCAGUAGCUCUGCGGACACUUCUCCCCAACUCGACCAAUCCCAAGUCCUAAUCUUGGUCGCUCUGUCGAAUUUCCUCCCCAGCUCCUUCCAAUGGAACGCCACGAGCCACCCAAAUCCUUGCAAUUGGAAAGGAGUGAACUGCUCCUCCACAUCUCGAGUCGCAGGACUAGACCUCGCCGGAGUCGGCUUAUCCACGGCCGCCGGAUUCUUCGAAGAACUCUGCCGCCUAGACUCCUUGCUCUGGCUCGAUCUGUCCAAUAACACCUUUACUAGCAUUCCUGAAUCCUUCUUCUCCAACUGCAGCGGCCUCUCGGGACUGCAACACCUCAACAUGAGCUAUAAUGGACUGACCCGGCUGCAGAAUUUUUCGAGCUUCGGAUCCUUGCAGAUACUGGAUUUGUCCCGCAAUAAGCUCAGUGGAGACAUCGAUUUGCAGUUAGAUGACCUCGCAGAGCUGCAAAGUUUGAAUCUUUCUUUCAAUUCGUUUGAUGGAAGCAUACCUUCUCUUCGGAAAGCCAAUGGAUUGAGGGAACUGAUGCUGUCUUAUAACCAUCUUGCUGGAGAAAUUCCAACGGAGAUUAGCCUUCACAAAAACCUCACUAUUUUAGAUUUAAACUGGAACCAGAUAUCAGGAAGGAUCCCUGAUGAGUUGGGUGAGCUUACCAAGUUGGAGAUACUUCUCCUUUCUCGCAAUCAAAUGAAUGGCGAGAUUCCAAAUACUUUGUCCAUGAUCAGUAACCUUUACCGGUUUGCUGCCAAUCAGAACAACUUCAGCGGCGCCAUUCCAUCAGGACUUACAAGAUUUGUCAAGAACUUGGACCUCAGCUAUAAUCAACUUAACGGCAGCAUUCCAUCAGACUUCCUCUCAUCUCCUACGCUGUUGUCCCUAGAUCUCACCAGCAAUCGCCUCGAAGGUGCCAUACAGGUGGGUUCAUCUCCGAGACUCUUCCGGUUGCGGCUUGGUCAGAAUUCACUUUCUGGGGCAAUUCCACAGACAAUUGGCAGUCUCUCUGGUCUGGAGUACCUGGAGCUCGACGGGAAUGAUUUGAGUUCCCAGAUCCCUCUGCAGAUUGGCGAUAUCAAGAACCUGACGCUGCUGAACCUUGCAUCAAAUCGAAUGGAAGGUGAAUUGCCGAAGGAAUUGGGCGAUCUUCGGCAGUUGGUUGUGCUGCAACUCCAAUCAAACAGUUUUACAGGUAUGAUUCCUGAAGAAGUUUUCAGAUUGACAAACUUAAUCACAUUAAAUCUGAGCCAGAACUCGCUCUCUGGAGCGAUUUCUCCUGCAAUUGCUAAUUUGAGUGAGCUCACAAACUUGGACUUGCAUGGAAAUGAGUUUGAAGGUCCUAUACCUGAUUCAAUUCGCAGCUUGACUUCUCUGAUAGAGCUGGAGCUUGGAGAUAACCGAUUGAGUGGAACUAUUCCAAAAAUGCCUGACAGUAUAACGAUUGCACUUAACCUUAGUCAUAACCUCUUCAGUGGACCUUUACCGUCAAGUCUUGGUGAAUUAACACAGCUGGAGAUUCUUGAUCUCUCAAACAAUGAUUUCAUUGGUGAGGUGCCAAAAUCUUUCGCUAAUAUGAAAAGCUUGACGCUGCUGGAUCUGUCAAACAAUAAUCUUUCUGGAACCCUUCCAGAUCAACUUACCAAAUUUGCUACUGUCAUUAUAUCUGGAACAGAGAUCAGGAACUUGACUGACCUCCAAAACACGGUUUCGAAGAAGAAAAAGAAUAGUGCUUGGAUCAUUGUCGUGGCUAUUGUUGGAGCCGUAAUCGGUUUGAGCGCGGUAGCUAUAGUCCUUGUGCUAAUAUUUCCAAGGCGCUUUUAUCGGGUGAAAGAUGAACAACCUCAAUCAGAAGAGAGCACUCCUCAGAUUGUCUCUGGCCAUUUGAUCACUGCAAAUGAUUUCCAUAGAUCGGGCAUUGACUUCUCGAAGGUAAUGGAAGUGGUUUGUGAUCCAAGAAACAUAGAACUGAAGACUCGGUUUUCUACAUACUACAAGGUUGUCAUGCCUAAUGGGGUUAGCUAUGCUGUCAAGAAACUCAACUGGUCUGACAAAGUGUUCCGAGUAGAAAACCAUGAGAAGAUUGGCCAGGAAUUGGAGGCCCUAGGAAUGCUGAGCAGUUCAAAUAUAAUGGUACCAUUGGCAUAUAUGUCAAUCGAAGACGAUGCUUACCUCUUCUACGAACAUGUAUACAAGGGGACUGUGUUUGAUUUUCUUCACAAGAACUCCGACAAUGUGUUAGAUUGGGCCUCGCGUCAUGCAAUAAUGCUAAAGGUAGCUCAAGGUCUGACCUUCCUCCAUGGAUGCACACAGCCAAUUAUUCUGCUUGAUCUGACAACAAAGAGCAUCAAAUUGAAAUCACACAAGGAGCCUCAAAUAGGGGAUAUCGAACUUCUCCGAGUUAUCGAUGCUACAAAAAGCUCAGGCAGCCUUUCCGCUGUUGCUGGAUCAGUUGGAUAUGUUCCUCCUGAGUAUGCAUACACAAUGAAAGUUACGAUGGCUGGAAAUGUAUACAGUUUUGGGGUUAUUUUACUUGAGUUGCUGACUGGAAAACCACCGGUAAACAAUGGACUCGAGUUAGCUAGGUGGGCAUUGAAUUUUUCUACUAAGCCUGCCGAAAGAGAACUGAUGCUGGAUUCUAGGAUUUCAAAAACUUCGUUGGUGGUUCGAAGUCAGAUGCUUUCAGUCCUGAAGGUUGCACUUGCAUGUGUUAGUGUGGCUCCAGAGGGAAGGCCAAAGAUGCAACAGGCGUUAAGGAUGGUCUAUAAUGCAAAGUGAUUAUGAUUGUGAAACAGCAAUAAGAGAUGGAAGGUAGUGUUCAUUUUGAAGGAAAUAGGUACUGUGGCAGUUAUACGUAUAGUUGUGGUACUUUUUUUUCAAGUCAGCUGGCAUUCAUCCUACAUUGUUAAUAUCCACUAUUAUGAUACUAUAGCAGUUGUUUUUUUUUUUUUUUUUGUUUUCUGGAAUCUUGAUCCUUCCCUCGACAGUCAAAUGAAGUCGAGAGGUUAUCACAUUUAUGUAAUCAUAGUAGUUUGCAUGUCAUUGAUGAUCAAUUUAUCAGAGUACCUAAACUUAAUUC